CUGCUUUUCCUCUACGACCACCGCACGCAAUCUCCCCUCCUCCUACUCGCUCUCGCCGCGCCGCUCCACCUAUCCGCUCUCCUUCGUUUAUGUGCGACGGCGGCGGCUGAUUGAUGUGGGACGUGGCGGUAGCGACGACGGCCUCAAGCAGGGAUAUGAGGAUGAAGGAAUAUUGUCCAAGAUCCCUGAGGAGCACGAGGUGGGGAGCCAGAAUAGAUCGGCGCCAGGGCUUGAGGACCAUGCCGUCAUCACGGCGAGCCCAAGCCAGCAUCCUAUUGGGCUUUCUGACGCGGUUCAGCAUCAUGGUGGCGCGGAGUAGGCCUUCUUUGACUCCAGGUCGGCCGCAAACACGACAUCCAGAUGAAGCCCGGCUGUUCAGGCAUCUGGAUCGGCCGCUGCUCCCUCGCUGACUACGACGACGGGCUCAUCAACAUCACACACCAGAGCACCGUCAUCAUCGUAUCUAGAUCAUCGAUACUACCUCGUCGAAGUCACACGGGACCCAGUGCUUCACACUACCUCCAAAGCAUUCGAAGCAGGUGUCCGCGUACAUGGUAUAAUUGUCACCUGCACAUAUAUCACCAUACAUUCAAAUGAAGAACGAAAGCGUCUAAAAGAUUCUGAAGCUUCAUUCUGGAAUUACAUGAAUCUGGGGCUGACUGAGGGAGAUCAAAAUGGUACUAGAUGGUAACAUUAGGUUGUAUGCCUGCAGUGAUGGUUAAUCAAGAUCGAUCAAAGGCUAUGUUCAGGUGUCGUUGUCGUGACUUGCUUGGCAUUACUCUGAUAUCCGUUAGGCAGUGGUAACCUUCUUUUGAUGGUUGUAGACACACAUCUUCAGUCACACGUACACCAUAUGAGGUAUUGAAUAACCUAUCCUCUCAUUUUUAUCGUCAUUGCCAUAACUUUUACCGGCUUCUCAUCAAAGUUCUUGCCUCUGAGCCCACUCUCUGCCAUGGUGUGCUGAUCUGCUCGUUUUACAUUAUGUGUUUGUUUGUCUGUUUGUGUGAACUUUCAGUUUUCCAGAAGUUUUUGUUAAAGCAUGCCACUUCUAUCUUUGUAUAUACUAUAAGCUAAACUCAAGUAGAAGUAGUAUUAUCCAGUUAUCUAUUUGCAAUUCAAUUAUUUAGUUAUUUUAGGAGCAUUAUUUCAUUGAUUUAAUGAAUUUUUUAGCACUCAAAACAGCAGGAGAGGCUCCCGCUGCUAUGUUUUAAAUUUUUGAGAAAUAAUUACAUAAUGCCUGUAUGCCCACCAAUUGGUGGCAGAAAUGGUCUUUUUUGUUGCGAAAGGGCAGAAAGGGAUUUACAAAUAAAACAAGGCCAAGUAUACAAAAAAUAUACAAGGUUCUGGCCUUGAACUUCAGAAUCCCUAGGUCUGAUGUUAGUGCUCUCUUCCAACUGAGCAAUAUGCAGAGCCUCUGGUACGCGGCUCUGUCGCCGCCACCUGCUACUUUAAGUCGGCCAACGGCCUCGCUGGAAACUGGGGCUUAUCCAUAUCCCGACUCAAUCUCCGCGUCGCCCUCCUCGCUGCUCGUCAUUUACCCAAAAUAUUGUUCUUCCAUUUGGGCAAGCUUUAGUUGCGGAUGCAUCUUUGCGUGCUUGUUCUGCUUGAGCCCGCCGCCUCGCCGUGAAGCCCUCUGCUGCAGCCUCUCACUUCACUGUCGACGACACUCUGCUUCAACCCGUCUCUGUCCAGUACCGGACAAACCUGUUGUAAAGACACUUGAGAUGGAGAGAAAGCUAAGUUGA